GUGGGGCGGGCCAGUGGCUCCCCCCCAAUAGGCCAAUAAAAACACGGAGCUGUUUCAUAACAGGAUUGCAGUCAGCGCAGCUUCACCUCCGCGGCGGCAUCUCCUGAAUAAUGGCAGCUCCGAAGAAAGUCUGCAUCGUGGGCUCCGGAAACUGGGGCUCUGCCAUUGCCAAGAUUGUUGGUGCAAAUGUUGCUCAAAACCCUAAAUUUGACAACACUGUAAAGAUGUGGGUGUUUGAGGAGCUAGUGAACGGGCGCAAACUGACCGAGAUAAUCAACACCAGCCAUGAAAAUGUGAAGUACCUCCCUGGGCACACGCUGCCAACUAAUGUGCUGGCGGUUCCAGACCUGGUGGAGGCAUCCAGGGAUGCAGACAUUCUGGUGUUUGUGAUCCCGCACCAGUUCGUCGGCAAAGUGUGUGACACAUUAAAGGGCAAGGUUAAAAGCGACGCGCUCGGAAUAUCCCUCAUUAAGGGUGUAGAUGAGGGGCCUGAUGGACUUAAACUCAUCUCUGAUGUAAUCCAGGAGAAGCUCGGUAUCACAAUGAGCGUGCUUAUGGGAGCCAACAUUGCUAACGAAGUUGCAGAUGAGAAGUUCUGUGAGACCACUAUUGGAUGUAAGAAUAAAAACCACGGGACUCUUCUGAAAGAGCUCAUGCAGACCAGUAACUUCAGAGUGACUGUAGUCGAAGAGUACGAUGUGGUGGAAAUUUGUGGAGCUCUGAAGAACAUUGUUGCAGUAGGGGCAGGUUUCUGCGACGGUCUGGGCUUCGGGGACAACACCAAGGCAGCAGUGAUCAGACUGGGCCUGAUGGAGAUGAUUGCUUUCGCAAGGAUUUUCUGCAAAGUUGGGCCCGUUUCCUCUGCAACCUUCCUGGAGAGCUGCGGGGUGGCUGAUCUCAUCACAACUUGCUACGGAGGACGCAAUCGCAAAGUUGCUGAGGCUUUUGUCAAAACAGGAAAAUCCAUCGAGGAACUGGAAAAAGAGAUGCUGAACGGGCAGAAGCUGCAGGGACCUGCGACAGCUGCUGAAGUUUAUCUCAUCCUCAAGCACAAAAACCUGGUUGAUAAGUUCCCUCUGUUCAACGCCGUGUAUCAGAUCUGCUUCCAGAGCCAUCCUGUCUCAGAGUUCAUCAGCUGCUUGCAGAACCACCCAGAGCACAUGUGAGAAGGUGGAACUUGCAGGGUUCCUCCUCAACAGGAACACAACCACUGUUUAAACCUGUGAGGAGUGAAUCAUCAUUCAUGGUUGAAGACCGACAUGUUGACCUCACUCAGAUUGCAUGUUGAAGCUGCACAAGUAUUACAAGGUCUAUUUGAGACAUAACAUUAAGGGAUUUCAUCCCAUUUCCAGUUGUGUAGUACAACAUGAAGGAUAACUUCUGUCCCAACAUGGUGGUCCAACAACAGUUUCUUUUUUUUGUACAUUUGAUCCUAAUCAGAAUUUAUGGUUUUCCAUUUUAAAGAUUUAAGACUCAAGUCCACUUUUUAUGACAUCUUUAAAAAUGUGAAAAAUGUCUUUAUAUGCUAAUAUAUAAUGAAUCUGUUAGUAGCAACACAUUUGUGAUAUUAUUCUACAGCACUAAUGUUUCCAUCCAGUGAACCACAAUGAUUAUUUUAAUUGCAAUACCUCACUCUGAUUUUUAUGUUUGUAACAUAACCCUUAUGUACUGUGAAUGAAGGAUGUUUUAAAUCCAGAGCUAAUGUGCCUUAUACUACAGCGCUAGCCUUUCUUAGUGAAAAAUGGAAAGGUGAGCUAGAAACUCCUCGAAAACCUUUUUAAUUUAAAGCAAAGAAUAAACAUGUUUCUGUAAUUUAGGUGAAAUACUUUUUAUGUCAGAAGCCAAAUUUAAAGGGUCUAUAACUAUAGUUUUUAGAUUCAUGAGGGAUUCUUUAUUUUUUUUUCUAAAUAAAAGCUGUAUGGAAUUGUCAUUUUAACAUCCACCCACUACGCCAUUGCUUACUGCAAUCCUAACUAAACUUGUUUGUAAUAUUAAAUAUGUUAAAACAUCACAGCAGUGCAGAGCAGGGCUGCUGAAAGUAAUUUUGAACAGGGUGUGCUGUGAAAAUGUUUUUCUUUUCUUUGCACAAAACAUUUAUGAGCCUAUAAGCCUAUUUAAAAUAAAAUAAAUGAAAAUAAAUAGAUAGAGAUUCACUACUUCACUGUCAUAUACAAUUCAGUGCAUGCAACCAGGGACUGCAACACACAGACAUCAUCAGUUCUCAGGUGAAUAUGUGCGCUAUUAAUUAAACUUCACUCUAAUCAGAGACAGACAGAGUCUCCUCACUCAGACUACUCUCCGUUGUCGUGGUUGCAGUACUAGUAUUCUUCACUGGUGGUUGUUUUCCAAAAAAAAUCUGAAAUGCAUUUCUGUGCAAUAUUUCCUCAUUUCUGUCAUUAGACUAAGGAAUUUACUAGUCUGCUGCCGCGAGCUGGAUACCUCUUUACUCAGCGACCACUAGCUUGCUUGACUUUGCCAUAACAACGUAACUUCCAUGAGGUUGUUGAUUAGACCUUAAAUCAAAAAUACAAAUACACGUAAUAGUAAAAAAAAAAAAA